CCAGAGCGAGUGGAGCGCUCGGGGGCUCAGGGCUCGGAGGCGGCGGCUCCCGGCAGUGGCGGCGGCGGCGGCUCCUCCUCCCCCCCUACCCAGAGCGUUCGGCCCGGCCCGUCACGCGAGCCCGGGGCGGCCGUGCGGCCUAGUUCCCCCGACUCGGCCCAGCCCGGCCCCUCGACCUCGGCCCCCGCCCCCGCCGCUGCCGCUGCCGCUGCCGCCGCCUCCGCCUCCCCGACCCCCGCUGCUGCCGUUGCCGCUGCCGCUGCCACUGCCUCCGCCUCCACCGCCAUGGCCCGGCCACUGGUGCCCAGCUCGCAGAAGGCGCUGCUCCUGGAGCUCAAGGGGCUGCAGGAGGAGCCGGUCGAGGGCUUCCGGGUGACCCUGGUGGACGAGGGCGAUCUGUACAACUGGGAGGUGGCCAUCUUCGGGCCCCCCAACACCUACUACGAGGGCGGCUACUUCAAGGCCCGCCUCAAGUUUCCUAUUGAUUACCCCUACUCCCCUCCAGCUUUCCGGUUCCUCACAAAAAUGUGGCACCCGAACAUCUAUGAGACUGGGGAUGUUUGUAUCUCAAUCCUCCACCCUCCAGUAGAUGAUCCCCAGAGUGGAGAGCUUCCCUCUGAGCGAUGGAACCCUACCCAAAAUGUCAGGACCAUCCUCCUGAGCGUGAUCUCCCUCCUAAAUGAGCCCAAUACCUUCUCACCAGCCAACGUGGAUGCUUCUGUGAUGUACAGGAAAUGGAAAGACAGCAAAGGGAAGGAUCGGGAAUAUACAGACAUCAUCCGGAAGCAGGUCCUGGGAACCAAGGUGGAUGCGGAACGGGAUGGGGUCAAGGUGCCCACCACACUGGCUGAGUAUUGUGUGAAGACCAAGGCCCCCGUGCCGGAUGAGGGCUCAGACCUCUUCUACGACGACUACUACGAGGACGAUGAUAUGGACGAGGAGGCCGACAGCUGCUACGGGGAUGACGAGGAUGACUCCGGCACGGAGGAGUCCUGACACCACCUCCCCGCAACCCCCGGGCCCGAAAUAAACUUAUAAAAUUUUACCUCACACAAGGAGCCCGGAGACUCGCUUGGAAAUCUCUUAGACUCCUGACAGCCCUGAACACAGACUCUCUACCUCACGGGAGUUUCUAGUUUUCUGUUUGAUCUUGGUUUUUCUCCUUUUGGGUUUUGGGUGGGGUUUUUUCCUCCCCUUCAAAGAAAAAUGCCCUCUUCCCUCACCCCAGGCCAUUUUCCCUCAUCUUUAAAGCCGAGGCCCCAUUUUUCAGCUUGUGGGGAG